UAUUUACUUGUCACUUGUCAUACCUAUGGAAAGUUAUUUACUAUUUGAACGUCAAAGUAGAAAAAUAUAAAUUUGGAUGAAAUUAUGUUGAAAUUUCAUUUAAAAAUCUCUGAAUAAAAUUCAGAGUUAAAGCACAAAUAAUGUCUGAUACUGAAAAUUUAUUAAAAUUAUUUCUAGAUGGUUCUCAUAGCAAUGAAUUUGAGAAUGAUGGUCAUAUUCAGGAAUAUUUAUCAAAGCUAGGAACGUACAAGGUUGAAAAUUUGUUGAAGGAACCUGAUAGAUUGAAGAAUGAAGCCAUAAUUCUUAAAGAACAAAUUCAGGAAUUAGCUGUCACAAAUUACAAAACAUUUAUAGAAACUGCUGAAUGCUCAAAAGAGCUCUACUUUCAUUUUAAUGCAAUCGAAAAUAAAGUGGAUCAGCUCUUGGUGGAUAUACCAAAAUUUGAGAAAAAUUGUAUUGAUUUUGGGGAAAAAUCAAGUGGAAUAAAUGAUUUGAGAAAAUUGAACACUUCUACUCUGGCCAAAAGUGCAAAACUUCUUGAAAUCUUGGAACUGCCACAAUUAAUGAACUCAUUUUUAAGUGACGGACUCUAUGAAGAUGUCUUAGAAUUGGCUGCCUAUGUUAGAAAAUUACAUCAUAAGCAUCCAGAUAUAUCUAUUUUCAGUAAUAUUGCUGCUGAUGUCGAUAAAGCAUGGCUUCGAAUGUUACAUCAGCUUCUCUCCCAGUUGAGAGAAGAUGUUUCUUUACCAAAAUGUCUACAAAUAAUUGGUAUUUUAAGAAGAAUGGAAAUAUUUACAGAGCCAGAAUUACGAUGGAAGUUUCUGCAGUCGAGGAAUUGUUGGCUGAACCAUUGUUUGAAGGAGAUUCCAAAGCAAGAAGUUGAUCAUCAUUUAACAAAAAAGAUAGAAGUUAUAAGAGUGAAAUUGUUCAAUAUACUAACACAGUACAGAGCAAUUUUUAAUGAUGAUGAGCAUAGUCCGUUGAUGCAUAUCACAGAGAAUAAAAAUAUUAAUCAGAAUAUUAUUGUGUUCAGUUGGGUGAAAGACAAGAUUUCAGAAUUCUUCACAAUCCUUGACAAAGAUCUAGAAGGGGUAACUUCUAUUGAAUCUAUUAUGGACCAGUGCAUGUAUUUCGGUUCUUCUUUCAGCAAAGUGGGAUGUGAUUUCAGACCAAUGAUGGUGCCUAUGUUCACCUCAGUUAUUCAGAAAAAAUUCACUAAAUCGGUCGAAGAUGCUUCCAGGAAUUUUGCAAAGAACAUCGACAAAUUCACCCUUAUUGAUAAAAACCACCCCAAUAUUCAAUGGAAGACAAAUAAAGAAGAUCAAAUGCAACCACCUGAUAGUUUACUGGAAUUUUAUCCAUUGGCUGAGUAUUUGAAUAAUAUCUUGACUACUUUGAACAAUUUGAGGUUAUGUGCACCCAUAGCCAUUGUGAAUGACGUGGUGAUGAAUCUCCAGGAAUCCUUAGUAUUCAUAUCAGAGUCACUGCUGAAAUUAUACACUCAGGAGCAUCAAGCAUUCACAACCUCUUCAAAAGAUGCCUUCACUAAAUUAUGCAUGGCGUUUUACGACGAACUGGUCCCCUUUAUUCAAAAAUGUAUUCAUGUGAUUUACCAGCCAAGUCAGAUAGCUUCCAAGCUCGGUGUGAGUGUUAACGCAUUGCAAAAAGAAAAUAUUACAUUUUUGGAUAAAUCAGUUAUAAUUUCCCAUAUAAAACAUUUACUUCCUGCGAAAACUGAACCUGAUAUAAUCAACAUUAUGAAUGAACAUGAAGAAAUAUUGCAAGAUGUUACAAAUUGAUAAUUAUAGAGUAUUUUACCACGUU